AUGGUUUUCUCUCAUUGGUUUUAUCUUUCCCCCCUAAUUCUCAAGGCUGUUCUUGCACAGUCUCCAUCCCUGCCUUCAGUGACGUCAGCCAACUUGACCAAAGAACGCACAUAUGAAGAACUUGUAACUUUGGCAAGUGCCGCGAUUGACAUAGACACGGACGCUGUACCACCAAAUAGCAAUGGAAUCUUGACGUUUGGUGACCACUUUUCGAUAACACCUGUUCUCCACUCCCAGAUGGCAGAAUACGAUAUCCUAACCCACAACACCACAUAUCGAGAUUUUUUGCAAGUUCAGCUGACUCAGGUGUCGGCAGAAGUAAUGAAUGCAUCAGAUUAUCAGUGUCAGCCCUUCCUUCUAUUCGAAACUUUUUGUUGCAUCAUCAUUUCAACGGGUUCCUACAUACUUAAAUCGCACUCUGUAUGGAGGGAGUAUGGAUAUGCCGCCAGCAAAGCAUAUAUCGCCUAUCAAGAUGACCGCUACAUGACGAUAGCGCAACAGUUAUGGGAUUUUGGGAGGUCAUACUCCAUCUCAGACGAAGAAAUUGAAUCUAAGAAAUCGGCUCGAAAGUCCCUAUCUCUUCGAACCGAAUGCAAUGGAAAAUCAUUACUCGGUGGCGUAUUCUCAAACACGAAUUCGACGAACGGGUUGGUGGAUUCUUCCCCUUCCGCGGCCUUCUUUACCCUGUCAGCCUUAUUGGGGGAGUUAACCUCGAACAACACGUACACUCAAUACGCCAACCGAACCCUACAAUUUCUCAAGAAUUUCUCAUACUUUCCCCACUCAAACGGCCCUCAAAACGAGAAAUCCGUCUUUGCCUUGGAGAAUGUCAAUGAUGGCUUCUGCCUUAGUACAGGUUUUCCGGCAUGGUUUCCAGAUACCGGAACUAUCAUUGAGGGACUGUCUAUCCUCGCGUCUAGCACAAAUGAUACAUCGAUCGAUGGCCUCCUUCAAGACGCAAUCAAUUCUUCCACCGUCUACCGGGACAGUAAACAGCUGGAUGGGGUGAUACAAUUGUCAGGGGUACCAUUGGGCUUUCCAUCAGGUGACGCGUACCUGGUACGAGGGCUUGCGACGGCGUACAAGAGGAAUCAAGUCCAUCCGACGAUGAGGGAAUAUGUGAAAGAAUUCAUCACUGUUCAAUAUAAUGCCCUGCUCGACAAUUCGACCCUCGAACAAUCAAAUAUAUACGUAGACCCAGGGACCGGACCUCUCGACCGAAUACCGCAACGAAGUCUCAGCAAAUCAAACCAAACAUACGCUGCUAUGGUCUUUGUUCAGGCUAUCAAUCCCGACAACAGCACGAGUCCAGGAGGCAAUGGCAAGCCACCGUCAGGAACAGGUUCAGGAGCGUCAUCACCCGGGACCAAAAACGCGACCAAAUCUGGCGAAAUAGCAGGAGGAGUUGUCGGGGGUUUAGCAUUCAUUGGCCUGCUUUCGGGGUUGACCGCAUGCCUUUGUAUUCGCAGAAGGAGGAGGAGGCGGGGACUCGGGAAACUUCCAUCUAUAUCAUACCUGAUCUCUCCAUUCCAGAUACCAGGUUCCAGCGGCGACACUUCUCCCAUAUCACCGAUAACUCGAGUUAAACGCAAACAGUGGUUGAGUACUUUGUACUCUCCGCAAGGGGACAGGACCACCCCUGGGACAUCUCCGGUAUCUCUGGUAUCACGAGGAAUGCGUGUGAAAUCUCGGUUAUGUCCUCCUCCGAGGUCUCCUGUCCAAGAACCUACCGUGACGCCCUCAAAUGUUCAACGGGAGGUCGGAGAAGUCGAUUCUGGUGUCCCACUCAACGAGGACCCACACGCGAGGUUCAAUAUCAUGUCGACGGCAGAGAUGGCUAGAAUCUUGAACGCGCGGUUACAAGCUGAAUCCUUGCAAAAUGAAAUGCCGCCAGCGUAUCCGGAGAGUCAGAUUGGGUAG